AUGGUUCGAGGAGAUUCAGAGGUUGAAGCCAUGUACGAACCUCACACUCACAGUCACAGCCACCAUAGAUCCAAACGGGGGAACGCUAAUCUAGCUUCAUGCAUCGUAGCAACCAUUUUCUUGCUCCUCAUCGCCUUUGGAGUAGCCAUCGUCUACUUCCUCGUCUUCAAGCCAAAGAACCCCAAGAUCGCCGUCGACUCCGUUCAGUUCCCGACGUUUUCGAUCUCCAACGGCACCGUCAAUUUCACCUUCUUCCAGUUCGUCUCCGUCACAAACCCCAACCGUGACGCCUUCACUCACUACGACAGCUCACUUCAGCUUGCCUACUCGAAUGCACCUGUCGGAUUCAUUUUCAUCCCCGCCGGGAAAAUCGAUGGCGGUCAUACACAACACAUGUCGGCAAAAUUCGCCGUUGAGUCUUUUCCUAUUCCCGCGAGACCGCCGCCGGUGACAGCGGAGGCGAUUGGUGGUGGAUCGGAAUUGGGAAUGGAAGGAGCGACAAUGGAGAUCGAGACAAGGAUGAAGUUGGUUGGUAGGGUUAGGGUUUUGAAGAUUUUCACUCACAGAGUUGAAAGCGGGGUGAAUUGUGGAGUAGUGAUUGAGGUAAGAAGUGGAUCUGUGCUUGGGCUUCAUUGCUAG